AUGGCAACAAAGAAAGCACCUCACUUAGAUGGAGGAAUGGAUACACAGCAAGUCCUCCACAUGAAUGAUGGCAUCGGAGAUAAUAGCUACGCUAAUAACUCUUUGUUACAGAAAAAGGUGAUGAUGAAGGCAAAACCCAUAUUAGAGGAGAAUAUGAUGAGACUAUACAGUAUUAUUCAUCCUCAGUGUUUCGUUGUGGCUGAUUUAGGAUGUUCUUCAGGACCCAAUACUCUUUACUUGCUAUCUAAUGUCAUCAACAUUAUUGAUACUGUUACUUGUAAAUUGAAUCUUAAACUACCGGUUUUUCAGUUUUUCUUGAAUGAUCUAUUUGGGAAUGAUUUCAAUAGCAUCAUUAAAUCACUCCCUCAAUUCUUGGAAAGCCUAGAAGAAAAUAAGGGACAUAAUUUUGGUCCAUGUUUUAUUAAUGCAACUCCUGGUUCAUUCUACAAGAGGUUAUUUCCUGAUAAUUCCAUACACUUGGUUCAUUCCUCUUAUAGUCUCCAUUGGCUUUCUAAGGCUCCAAAGGAGUUGGUUAAUAAGGAAAAUGCACACUUAACAAGCACAAGUCCUCCAGGAAUGCAUAAAGCAUAUCUUGAACAAUUCCAGAAAGACUUUAAAUUGUUUCUGAAAUUACGUUCACAAGAAGUGGUGGCUGGAGGUGGAAUGGUUCUCACGUUAUUCGGAAGGGACAAAACUUGUGAUAUCAGAACUGCUUGGACCAUAAUUGGCACAACACUCAAUGACAUGGUCUUAGAGAAUUUGAUUGAAGAGAUAAAAUUGGAGUCGUUUAAUUUACCAUUAUAUGAUCCAACAAUAGAGGAAGCCAAAGAAGUAAUUGAGGAUGAAGGAUCUUUCACCCUUCAAAGGUUGGAAUCUGUGGUACUGGGUUGGGAUGCCAACAUAAAUGAAGAUGUUGAUGAUGAGAAGAAUAAACUUGAUCUAAAUAAGAGGGCACAGUUUAUAACUAAAUACACUCGAGCUGCUACAGAACCCCUUUUGAAGACACAAUUUGGAGAACAAGUCAUGGACGAGUUCUUUCUCCGAUUUAAGAACAAGAUUUUCCAAUUGAUGAUGGACGUUGAAAUAUUGGAAUUUCCUAAUCUUAUAAUAUCACUCAUAAAGAAUGCUUGA